AAUGGUAUGAUUUAAUGGAAAUAGAUAAUGAAAAAGAUAGCGAACCAAGUGAUUCAGAAUAUGAUACUGCUGAAGAAGAACCAGAUAUUCAUUUCGAAAAAAUCAAGGAUCCAUACAUUAAUAGAAUAGCAGAAGCCAGAAAAUUUAAUGAAGGUGAGAUAUGUGAUUAUUAUGCAUUUGUACUAAAAGGAUACUAUGCCGAGGGUAAGCCAUUAGCUUUUUUCAAAUCAAUCGAAGAAAAAAUUGCAGAUAUUUAUAAAAAAGAAUUGGUUCUUAAGGGUGGAUUAAAGUAUGAAACUAUAGAAAUUAUUAGAGAAGAUCAAAUCAAUGCAACUAUAGAAAAAAGAUAUAAUGAAAUUAUAGAUCAAAUAGAAGGCGAGGCAUUACAAGAAUCGGGAUUGUCUUUUGUUUGGGCAGAAGAAGUAUUUCUUGAAAUAAGCGUAUUCAGACCAUUACGAGGUAGUAGUUGGCUAUCUUUACCAGAAGAUUUAGAUAAGCCACAGCUCGGUUUAAUUAAUCUGCAAAAUUUCAAAGACAAUGAAUGCUUUAGAGAUUGUGUUAAUAUAUACCAUGCAAGAGAAGAUGCACUAAAAGCAGGACAAAAAUCUACACAUCUUGAAUAUGUAAGCAAGAUUAGACGAUAUGGUAAUAUAGCUAAUUUUGAAGGUAUAAAUUUUCUAGCAACACUACAUGAUGUUGAUAAAUUCAAGGAAAAUAACCCAAACUAUGCUAUAAAUAUAUUUAGGUUAGUGUAUAAAGAAGUGUUCGGAAAAAUAAAAGUAGAUAUAGACCCAUUACAUAUCUCUAAAAGAAAUUAUCAAGUCGAACAUAUAUUAGAUUUAUUAUAUUUAACAGAAGGUGAAGAGAAUUUAAAUGACCGAAAAAAUACAAAUGAUAUACCAGAAGGAUUAAAAACGCAUUACGUAUUUAUAACAGAUUUUACUCGAUUAAUGCAUUUAUUAGAAAAGCAUAUUCCAACAUGUCCAGGACCAACAGUGCAAAAAGCAAUUUCAUAUGGAUAUACAAUAUAUUGUUCAGAUGAGACUACACAAAAACUAGUAAUUAAUCGAGAAUCAGAAAAUAUAAUAAAAGACUUAAUAGAAAACCUUCAAGAAAAUCUAGAAGUUAUUUUAGAUAAGCUUCGUGAAAUAGUUCCAUGUGAAAAAAUGAUACCUGAAUUAUGGCGAAAAUAUCAAACUGCAAACAAAUGUUGGAUAUGUGAAGAAAAAUUACAUGAAGCUAGAUAUAAUAAAAUUCGUGUAUUUGAUGCUGAAACCAAAAAAUAUUUGGGUGCUUCACAUAGAAAAUGUCAUGGAAAAAAAUCAAUGAUUCAAGGUAAGUUAGAUGAUGAGCAAAAAGAAAAACAUAAAUCUUGUAAGGUAUAUAUGUAUUGCAAAACGCAAUUACCAGAUAAGGAAAAAAACAGAGUGAUAAAUCAUGAUCAUAUUACAGGAAAGUUUAGAGGUCCUGCUCAUAGUAGAUGUAAUAUAAAAUUACGAAUCAAUCCAGAAACAAUAAAAAUUCUGGUAUUAUUCUGUAAUAGAAGUAGCUACGAUUUUUAUCAUCUAAUGCAAGAAAUAGCAAAAGUGACAGAUGAAAAAAUA